CUGCCUUAGUUCCAUCGCCGGCGUUGUCGCACCAGACGAAGCUCAGCCUCAGGAUCAGGAUCUUUCGCUUAUAUACCCAGCCAGGAUGGUGCGUCAAUCUAACACCGUGCAUGUACUUUGCAGUGUGUCCCUCAUCCUCCUCAUCUUGUUACAAGGGCUGUCGUCUGCUGCACCCAUUGACGACUUCACGGACGAUGACGAGGAGGCCAUUAAGAGGUCAAUGAUGCUGUCCAGGUUGAUGGCUGUCACCAACAGACUCAACUUCAACAGACCGCUGCUUGGAGGCGCCGGACUCCCUGACCUCGCACCGCCCGCACCUUUCGCCAACAACGAGGAAAAAAGAUUCAGAGCACCUUUACAAGGCCGAUCAGGUGGCAUGUCACUCUGUCUCUGGAAGGUCUGCCCCGCCGCACCUUGGCUCGUGUCGAAGAAAAGCGUCGGAAAAUGAGCACCACGUGACCUACUGGAGACAUCGUCGUGCACCCACGUCACACUGACGUCACAAUGACGUGGCACAUCAUCCCUCAAUCACGGUACAGAAUGGCUGACUGGAGAAAUUGGACUACAGCUUAGCAUCAGGAAAAUACUGUCUGUUGUUUCGGCUGAUGUUUUGGAACUAUAUAAGAUACUAUUUUCCUAUCCUGUCUCAAGACUUUGUGCGAGAUCGUCUCUCGCCCUUAUGGCCUUAUAAAUAAAUCUCUGAUUCCAUUAUUUCCUUCCUGGUCUCAACAUGCGUGCGUGCGUGCGUGCGUGUAUGCGUGAGCGGCUAUUUGGCUAGAGAGAAAUAAAGUGUGAUACAUAUUUUAA